AUGCCAUUAAAAGCGGAUUAUGUUUCUCAAAGGAACAGAGAUGACAAGGAUGGUGAUAUCGGUGGUAGUCGAACUGGCCCAUCGUUCAAACACAAAUUCUCAAUGCCCCUCUCAGAUGAAGCGACACAAGGCAAUGAGGAUGAGAGUAGCGGCGAUGAAGUAACGCCGACGAAAGCGGCACCAGCUCCAGCCGCUUCCAAAAAGAAAGGUGGCAAGAAGAAACCGGCAGACAAGGAAAAGGCCGAAAGAAUAGACUCACUAUCGGCGGCUACGGAAGCGAUGAGUGUGCCGACGAAGAAAGAUGACAAGAAAACCAAGUCAAAACCUUCAACUACCACGAAUCUCCGCGCUGCUGAUUUUCCAGAAGACAAAGGACAGGAUCUCGAGGAUAUUCUCCAGAAUCAAGUCGAUGACACACAAGCAGAAACUAAAGUGGAAAACGUGCCGAGUGGAACGACAAGCGCUGCAUCUAGAGGCGAAACACCUUCUGUUGCUGCUAACGGAAAGAAGUCCUCGUCAAGAAGUAGAAAGAAAGUACUUCAAACGUCGAAAAAGGAAACAGUUAAAGAAGAGAAUAAUGUAAAAGUUGAUUGGGAACAAGAUUCAGAAGAAGAAAUCACUGCCAACGUCGAUAAAUCUCAAACUCAGACAGUGACAGUAACCGCAGAAAAUGGUCAUGAUGAGGCACAACGCGACAUGAAUGCUCGUUCGAAAAUCGCUGACGAGAAGGAUAAACUUCUUCGAGGAGAAAAUUCACAAUCGGAUUCGGACGAAGAAUCGUCUGAUGGAAGUGAUAAAGAUAGUUCGUUCAGUGACAAGGAUGAAAACGAUGUGACACUGUUACCCAUGGAACGUGUUCGUCGUCGCUUUCAACGUCGUCACGAAGCCUGUGAGAGUCGCCGUUCACGAGACGUUCUCCGAGCACUUAUCAUCUGUGUAUUGGGUCACGUCGAUGCGGGUAAAACGAAAAUCUUGGAUAAUCUCCGCCAAACACAUGUACAAGAUGGCGAGGCUGGCGGUAUUACACAACAGAUUGGUGCGACCAAUGUGCCCUUGGAAACCAUUUGCGAACGGACAAAAAUGUGUCGCAAAUUGAUAUCGCGCGAAGGCGAUUACAUUGUACCCGGUCUUCUCAUCAUCGAUACACCCGGACAUGAAUCAUUCAAAAAUUUGCGAUCACGUGGUUCGUCUCUCUGUGAUUUGGCUAUCCUUGUGGUUGAUAUCAUGCACGGUUUGAAACCACAAACGAUCGAAUCGAUCAGAUUGUUAAUUAAAAGAAAAACACCGUUCAUCAUUGCGCUCAAUAAGGGUCUCAAUGUUGCUCCCUACUAUAAAAAUCCGGAUCCCAGUGACUUCUUUUCCAUGGUACCCACCUCCGCACAUACCGGUGAUGGGAUGGGUUCGCUCAUUGCAUUGAUUAUUGAACAAUGUCAAACAGUAUUGACUAAAUGUUUGUCUUACACGGACGAACUUCAAGCGACUAUUAUGGAGGUAAAAGCUAUCGGCGGUCUCGGCAAGACAAUCGACGUUGUUCUUGUCAACGGACGUUUGCGUGUUGGCGAUACGGUUAUAGUUGCCGGUCAAGAAGGUCCGAUUGUCACUCAUGUGCGCGGUCUCCUUAUGCCUAAGCCAAACCAAGAAUUGCGUGUCCAAAAUCAAUAUCAAACUUAUAAGAAAGUGAAAGCAGCGAUCGGUAUCAAAAUUGCAGCGAAAGAUUUGGAAAAAGCAAUGGCGGGUCUUCCACUGUUUGUCGGUCGCAACGAGGACGAAAUCGAAUAUUUCAAGCACAGAAUUCAGACCAUUCUCAAAUCAGCCCUCAGUUCGAUUCAACUGAAAGAAAAUGCUGUGCAUGUGCAAGCCUCUACACUAGGUUCCUUAGAAGCGUUGCUCGAAUUUUUGAAAAAAUCCAAUAUUCCCUACGAUAGUAUCAAUAUCGGACCUGUUCACCGAAAAGACGUCAUUCGAUCGUCCACGCAACUUGAACGAGAGGCUCAAUGGGCGGUUAUUUUGGCGUUCGAUGUCAACAUCGAAAAGGACGCUCAGGAAUAUGCCGACAAUGUUGAUGGUUUCAUCAAAUUGGGCACACCCAUUUGUGUACCAUCCAAAGAUUUUGUCGAUCUCGGUCGAGUGGUUAGCAUAGAAAAGAAUCACAAAGCGUUGGAUGUGGCGCGGAAAGGUCAAGAAGUAUGCAUCAAAAUUGAACCGACCAGUGAUGAAGCACCGAAAAUGUUCAGUCGACAUUUCGAUGAAAAUGAUUUGCUCAUAAGCAAAAUUUCGAGUGAAACUAUCGCCGCCGUCAAAGAUCAUUUUCCCGAUGAUAUGCAACAGUCCGAUUGA